UGAUAAAAUGAUGCACGUUCCCCCUGGUUGCCCACAAAAGAAGCAGUGGAGGCUGCACUUUCAAUGUUUCCUGUUCUGACUCUUUAUAACACUGUGCACAAACCACAGCGCUCAGAAUAAGUUUCCACCUCCGACAGAACACAACAAGCUUUGACAUGACAUGAAAAUAACACAUUUGUUUUACAUCUCUUCUCAGGAUUCAGAAACCAUUCAGAGUCGUCUGGCAUACUUUCACCUUUUUCGAUAGUGAAAAACUGAUUUAUAACCAAAAUAAUGAGUAGCAUUUUAUGUUUUUGGCUUGAAAUUAAGGUGUUACAAUCUUAAAAAGCUAUAAAGCGGAGAUCAAGUCGGACUAAGCUUUCCAAAAUGAACCCCAACACCUCUACAGUCCUACACAGUCAGUACUUGACUAGUCAGUACUUGACUUUCCAGUACUAUCUUUUCCCAUCAGUGUACAUCCCCGUGUUGAUUUUCGGACUAAUUGGAAAUCUGGGAGCUUUGUAUUACUUCAUAUUUAAAAUCAAACAGAGGUCUCCUUCCAACGUCUACAUCGUAAACCUCGCCGUGGCCGAUACGCUUUUCCUGUGCACCUUGCCGUUUCGUAUCCACUACCAUGUGAACGAAAGCAACUGGGUGUUUGGAGACGCCAUGUGCCUCAUCACCGGCACGCUCUACUUCGCCAACAUCUACAUCAGCAUCACAUUCAUGACCUGCAUCUGCGUGGACCGCUACAUCGCCACCUUGCACCCUCAUACCUACCUGCAGCUUCGCAACAAGAGUGUUGCCACAAUGGUGAGCACCGGUGUUUGGUCGAUCUCUGGGGCCGCAAUGUUGGCAUUUAUGUUAAACUGUCCUGGGCGGACUAAUAAGGUAACAUGUUUUGAGGACCUCUCUUCGGAAGAUUGGAGCACUUUGGCACCCUUCACGGCAUGCUGUAUUAUUUUUGGGUAUCUCUUGCCUUAUGUGGUCAUUUUGGUGUGUUACCCCAUCGUGGCACGCAGGAUCAGUCGAAUUAACAACAAUACGGCCCGUGGGGCACGGAGGAUCAUCUACGCAAUCUUGGCCAUCACGGUUGUUUGUUUUCUACCGUAUCACAUCGUGAAUUUAGUUUAUCUCCUGUCACGCAUGAGAUUGAUCGCCGUUGAUGUUUGGAUCCCUCGGAGAGUGACCAUGGCUCUGGUCAGUCUAAACAGCCUACUGGACCCGGUGUUGUACUACUUUGCUACCGGUCACUACAAGUGGAGGAUGAAAAGAUUGAGGUUUAGGAAGAAAAAGGGGGUGUAUUCAAUAUCCAAAGAUUUUUGAGAUGGCGGAUUGACCGAAAGCAGGUGUAAAUCUUGGCAUUUUUAGUCUGUAAAACUGAAAAUAAGCAAGCACAUUCAAUUCUGUGUACUAAUUUAGAAGAAUAAAUAAAGGGUUUUCAAUGGUCCGCACUUUUAGAAAAAGUGGUCAAAAUAUGGUAACGUUACACUGUAAAAAGAUUUGUUGGUUCAACUUAAAAAAAGAAGUUAUCUGGUUGUCUUAACAUUUUUAGUUACUUCAACUUAAAAAAAAAUUAACUAAAAAAAAGAAUAUCAACAAUUUGAAUUAACUAAAAAGUAAUGCAACCAGGUAACUUACUUUAUUUAAUUGAACAAACUGUUUUCAAUACAGUGAGAUAUUUACUCACUUGGUAACAAAAUGUACCUCUGCACUGCAAAAAAAUUAAAACAAUUUGGUUUUUACGGAGCCCCUUAGGGAGCAAAAAUUAAAUAAAGUUUAGUUUCGCGAGCGCACGUAAAAAAAAAACGUGUGCGCGCGUGAAAUAAUCGGGUUUAGUUUCGCGUGUGCAUGUGAAGAUAUCGCAUGCAACAAAUGAAAACAAUUAGGUUUUUACGGAGCCCCUAUAAGGGAGCAAAAAUUAAAUAAAGUUUAGUUUCGCGUGCGCACGUAAAAAACGUGUGCGCGCGUGAAAUAAUCGGGUCUAGUUUCGCGUGUGCAUGUGAAGAUAUCGCAUGCAACAAAUGAAAACAAUUAGGUUUUUACAGAGCCCCUAAGGGAGCAAAAAUUAAAUAAAGUUUAGUUUCGCGUGCGCACGUAAAAAAACGUGUGCGCGCGUGAAAUAAUCAUGUUUUGUUUUGCGUGCAUACGUGAAGAUAUCACAUGCUCGCGUGAACCUAUCGUAUGCGCGCGUGAAAUUAUCGGGUUUAGUUUUGCAGGCGCACAUGAAAGCGAAAGCGUGAGCACGUGAAACUAAACUUUAAAAAAAUUCUGCACAUGAAGGUUUCACGUGAGCACACGAAACUAAACUUUAGAUAUUUUUACUUCAAUGUCACCUUAGGGGCUCGGUAGGUUUUUGCCAGUCAAUAAAUUACUAUUUUAGGUUUGACCUGUGAAUAGUUUACUUAACUUUACUUAAUCAACUAUAUGUUGGUUGGACAAAAAUGCUGCAUUUUUUACUAAUUAAAUAAUUAAUAAAUA